AAUAAUAAAGUUGAUGGUGGAAACAGAGAGAGAAACACAACAAUGGUUACUGAUGAAGGAUUAUCCGGUUGGCUCUCUAACAAGGUUUCAACGAGGUUGAAUUCUUUCAGGGAUGUUGAUCAAGCUUCUGAAACCAUGUCUAUGAUCAAGAAGGCACGUGUAUCAGUUCGAGCAAGAUCAGAAUCUUCCAUGAUUGCCGAUGGAUGCCAAUGGCGAAAGUAUGGACAGAAAAUGGCAAAAGGAAAUCCAUGUCCGCGAGCUUAUUAUCGUUGCACUAUGAGUACUGGUUGUCCUGUUCGCAAACAAGUACAAAGGUGUGCUGAAGAUAGAAGUGUGUUGAUAACAACAUAUGAAGGCCAACACAACCAUCCACUCCCUCCAACUGCCAAGGCAAUGGCCUCAACCACCUCUGCCGCCGCCUCCAUGCUCCUCUCCGGUUCGAUGCCAAGCGCCGACGGCCUCAUCAACCCCACCAUACUCGAAAGCGCCACCCUUCCUUGCUCUCAAAACAUGGCUACACUCUCAGCUUCAGCUCCAUUUCCAACCAUAACUUUGGACCUAACUCAAACCGCCACAAAUAAUAAUAACAAUAAUAACAACUAUAACCCAAAUUCUUUAAGGGAUUUGCCUAAUAAUCAAAGCCAACAACUUAGUCUCUUAACACCCCUUUUGGCUCAGAAAUUUAUGUCAGCUCCAAACAUGUUUGGACAUGUUCUUAAUGGUGAUCAAAGCAAGAUUAUUUCAGGAUUACAAGGAUCAAUUGACACAACAACAGGUUCAUCUUUUGCUGAUACAAUAAAUGCUGCCACUGCUGCUAUCACUGCUGACCCUAAUUUCACUUCAGCUCUUGUUGCUGCCAUAUCUUCCAUCAUUGGAAAUUCAACACAUCAUCAUCAAAGCAGUAACAAUAAUGAUGCAUGAGAUGACAUUGAGAAGAUCAUCAUCAUCACAAAGUUAAUUCAAUUUUGUUAGUGUUUCAUUUAAUUAAUUUAAUGUUAUUAUUAUAGCUAGCUAGCUAGGCUCAUCAUAUCAUCAAAUUCUAGAUAGGUAGAGACAAAUUUAAUUAAUUAGUGAAGUUCAUAAAAUUGAUGAGUCAUUAGUAGUGAG